AUCAAGGCAAACCACAACACCAUACCGCACUAAGGUGCUUACUAUUGUCUCCUCUCAUUGAUCCAAUGUCUGGAGUUCUCUGAUAUCGGACCAAUCAGAUUGAGUCUUAUUUACACUGUUUUAUAUUAGCGCCAGAUCCAUGUAUUUUGUAGGAGGUCGAGUUUGUCGUGUAUUUGAUUGUACAGCUAGCUAUGCUAUUCAUUGUGCAGCCAAGGUGAUACUCUACUAAACUGUGUUGAAAUUGAGGAAAUCAAGGUAUUACGUUCGCCAAAUGUCAAGCAGUUAUUUCUCAAGACCUUUCUCUUCUUUGGUAAAAUCGUUGGAAUGUCCAUUCUCAAGAUCAGACAGAGUUAAAAAGCUCAUCGUAAUUGUCUUAAAACUUUCAGAAAAUAUCCGGUGAUUUACCAGCAAGGAAUUUGACAGCCCAGUAUUCUCUGCGAUGGGACUACACCCCCGUUUUAUUCAAGAUUCACUCAGGUGAUGGAGUCACAUUCAUUAGACGUGCAACAAAGGAUUAUUAUAGUUAGUAUGAAAUGGCAUCCUCCAUUAUGCCCAGUUUAGAGACCAAUGAAGGAGGGAAGAUAUCCCAUAGAAGGACUAGUGGUGGCGGUAUGACCUUCACGAGUGAUCGACAUCCACGCAACGCAUUCUCUGUACUCAAUGAGCUACGACAAAAGAAGGAUCUAUGUGACGUCCUGCUGGUUGUGGAAACAGUCAAAUUCCAUGCGCAUAAGGUUGUACUGGCAUCUUGUAGCCCCUACUUCAAGGCCAUGUUCACAGGCGGCUAUAAAGAAUGCAGGAAAGGAAUGAUAGAGCUGAAAGAUAUUCAUCCGUGUGUAUUUUCAUUAAUUAUAGAAUUCAUGUACACAUCUGAGAUUACAAUUAAUGAGCAUAAUGUUCUGACUGUGUUACCCAAAGCUGUUAUGUAUCAAAUCACUGACGUGAUUGAAUGCUGUUGUACAUUCUUAAAGGAAGAACUUGACCCGAGUAAUUGUAUAGGUAUAUCGGCCUAUGCACAGCAACAUGGAUUGACAUCGUUACAUGCAGCGGCACGGGAAUUCAUCUGUCGAAAAUUUUGUGAAGUUUCCAAGACGGAGGAGUUUAUGAAUCUAACUCUAGUCCAGUUAGUCGCUCUCAUUAAACACGAUAAGCUAAAUGUAUGGUGUGAAUCUCAGGUUUAUAACGCAUGUUUACGAUGGAUACUACACAGUGAAGGAGAACGGAGGCCUUGCUUUGAGAAACUGCUCGGAUGCGGAGGCAUCCGAUGUGAACAUCUUACACCAGCAUUUCUUAAGAAACAACUUGAGAGAUGCGAUUUCCUCAAAGGUGAACCCCGAUGUAAAGACUUCCUGUCCAAGAUCUUCCAGGAGCUGCGAUUACAUAAGAUAUGUAAGACGCCCAAAAGAAACCCUAUCUCUGCAUGUGUGAUCUAUACAGCAGGAGGAUACCUACGCCAAUCAUUAGUCAAUAUGGAGUGUUAUAACCCAGAAGAUGACGUCUGGCAUAAACUGGCUGAUCUAAUUGAACCACGUAGUGGUCUUAGUGCUGCUACCGUAGCAGGGAUAUUCUACGCCGUUGGAGGUAGGAAUAACACUACUGAAGCCAACACAGACUCUAAUAGGCUUGAUGCCUACAAUCCUUUAAAGAAUCAAUGGAAGACAUUGGCACCAAUGAAUAAGCCAAGGAACAGAGUGGGUACAGCCGUGCUAGAUGGUUUGUUGUAUGCAAUCGGUGGAUCGGAAGGAUGCAAUAAACACAACUCAGCUGAAAGAUACAACGCUGAUGAAGAUAAAUGGACUAUGAUAGCUCCAAUGCAUACUAAACGUAUCGGUGUUGGUUGUGCAGUAGUGAAUAGACUCUUGUAUGCUGUAGGGGGUUAUGAUGGUAAUAACAGGCUGGAUGGUGUAGAAUGUUUCCACCCGGAGAAUGACGAAUGGACUGUAGUAGCGCCAAUGAGUGCACGACGAAGUGGAGCAGGUGUGUGCAGCAUCGGUAACUACCUGUAUGCAGUGGGUGGAUACGAUGGAGUCAGUCAACUGAAUAGUGUUGAACGCUAUGAUGUAGAGAGAGAUACAUGGGAAUAUGUUGCCUCUAUGAACUCUAGACGUAGUGCUCUGAGUGUUGAUGUCGUAGGAGGCAAGCUUUAUGCGUUGGGCGGUUAUGAUGGACAAGACUUCUUAGCGUCAGUCGAAUGUUUUGAUCCUGAAACCAAUAAAUGGACAAUAACUACAAACAUGAGUAGUGGACGAAGUGGAGCUGGGGUAGCUGUAGGUAUGGAACCAUGCAGAACAUGUGGGAACAAUAAUCCAUGUAGAGCAUUAACACCUUCAAACUGAUGGAACCCAUCUAUAGUGACUACAGUCCAAGAGCAUGGUGCAAGGCAUUCACAAAGUAACAGGGGGCUGCAGAAUAAAGGACUCAUCUGGAGUGACUACAGACCUAGAUCAUGUACAAAGCAUUCACACAGUAACUGUGGGCUGCAGAACACAUAGGACUCAUCUGGAGUGACUACAGACCUAGAUCAUGUACAAAGCAUUCACACAGUAACUGUGGGCUGCAGAACACAUAGGACUCAUAUGUAGUGACUACAGACCUAGAUCAUUUCGGAGCAUUCACACAGUUACUGGGGCUGCAGAAUAUAGGACCCAUCUGGAGUGACUACAGACCAAGAGCAUGGUGCAAAGCAUCACACAGUAACUUAGGGACAAUCUGUAGCAACUACAGACCAAGAUCGUGUACACAGUAAGCUAGCGGCUACAGAUCAUGCAAGUGUAAUCUCCUCAGUACCCCAAGCGGCUGCAGACCACACAGUGGCUACAGACCUUCCUCAUUAAGCUGCAGACCAUGUUGUGGCUACAUACCUUGUACAUGAAGAGUCUCUUCUCAGAGAAGAUAUGGACUAAUUUAGAUACAUACGUUAAAUGUGUAAAGCAUCAUUCUUGAUAAAGAUCCAAAGUUGCUUGAACAUUCUUAGUCAACUUCACAAGAACUGUCCGCUGGUAUCAAUACUGAAUAGCUUGACAGGAAAUCAACGGUUGGAAACAAGGGCAUCAACAUCUCAAAGAUGGUCCAUGGAUGACAGAGUUCUGUAUUUAAUGUAUUCAGUAUUAUAGCUCAUGUUUCAUGUUGGUUGCAAGAGAGGUCUUUGGACAAGUCUUGCUAUUUUAACUUGUUCAUUUUCAAGUUCAAAUGCAAAUGACUAACUACCUUUAAGAAGAUUUUAAAGUCAAUGGCAAACAUAUUGCAUCGUAUAUUGUUUUGUGUGAAGUACAUGUAUGGUGUAUACAGAUCUGCAACAAAUUUAGUAUCAUUUCAUAAACUUUAAGGCACUGGACACCUUUGGUAAGUGUCAAAGACCAGUCUUCUCACUUGGUGUAUCUUAACAUGCAUAA